AUGAAGUGGCAUUGGAGAGUUAGAAACCAACAAAACCAUUUGUGGGCAGAUGUCAUUAAAGCUUUGCAUGGGAUCAAUAUAGGUGAGGAUGGGGUUCCGUUGAAAAAUAGGUGGGUAGGAGUAUGGAAGGAUAUAGCCAAGGUUAAAAAGGAUAUUUCUAAGGAUGGGGUUUCGGACCCUGAGAAGUUGGGCCUUGUGAUUGAAAAUGGGCAAGAAGCUAAUUUUUCUGUGGCAAAUUUUAGGAAAGGGGUGGCUGAAAAUAUUGGCACUAAAGUGGAGGUCGGUCGAUUCGAGUGGUUAUCUUGGGUUCCAAAAAAAGUUUCGUUUUUUAUUUGGAGAACCAUUAAUGGGGGAAUUGCGGUAAAAACGAAGUUGGAAAAAAGGGGAGUCCGAGUGGAAGACACGACUUGCGUUUUGUGCGGGUUUGGUUGCGAGACUAUCGAUCACUUAAUCUUCUCUUGUGUGACUACUAGAGCUUUAUGGUGGCAUGUGUGGGUAUGGUUGAAAAUUCCAAACAUUGGGCAAGCUGAUUCAAUUGUAGACUUGCUGGAAGAGGUUCAUAAAUUGAAAGGAUCUAAGAAGUGGAAAAGAGUGAUUUGUGUUGUUAUCUUUGCGAGUAUUUGGAUCAUUUGGAAAUCAAGAAAUGAAAGAAUUUUUGAAAGGAAACAAAUUCGGGUGGAGUGCAUUAUCGAAAGGAUUAAAGAGGAGUCGUUUAUGUGGAUUAAACACCGGUCUUCGUAUGCGAGUAUAGAUUGGGAGAGAUGGAGAGAUUUUAAUAUUCGUGACCUGAUUACGUAA